AUUAAGUAUCCGGUCUUUAAUGAUAUAAACGCCAAGCAAAGCGCUGAAUCAGCAGCAAUCAUCUAAUCUAAUAACCCCCUCCUCAUGUCAGGUGACCGCAGAUAGGUGUCUUUUCAGAGCCGAUCGGGGGCCGGCCGGUGUUUCCCGACAUGAGUCGAGUGUAUCCGAGCGCGGGCAGCAGAGCCCGACAUAUUCUGAACAUCUUCCAAAUGUUGAGCCCGAGUCGUGAAGUGCUGCUCUUGAGGGGGGCGAGGUUGAAAGAGAGGGAGACGACAAGGGAGGGAACCGGCAGCAUCCACACUGGUUUUCACCUCUGAAGGCAUCCUGACAUCUCUUCAGACUCCAGCCGGAUAAUUACAGGUAAAAUGAGCCGAUGAUUUCCGAUUUUUUCCCCCCAUCAUGCAUGUGCGGACGUAUGUGUUUCAUGUGACUGGAGUAUGACGGGUUAAAUUCUGCAGUUUUUUGGUUGUUGCUGUUCUCGGCUAUCCCAGCCCGGAGAUAGGUGGCUGAACAGACUUUAAACUGCGAGUUUAUCACUACAUGUACAUUAUGCUGUCAGCGAGUUAAGGUGUGAAAUAUGUUGAUGUUAUUUACAGCGAGGAUGGUCCCGGGAUAGAGCUGCUUUUGCUCUCAUUGAGUAGAUAUCCUAUAUGAUUUUCUCUGCCUCCUGCUGGCAUGCAGGUGUUCAGGAAUGUUAUAGUCUCUAUUCUAUAUGUAAUCCAUCAUAAUUUUAGGUGCUUUAAAAAAAAAGAUUAAACUAAGUGGCCCAGAAGUCCACUUUAAUUGAGAAAUAAUGAAAGUGAAGCUAUUAUUUGUACUUCUGACAUCAUGAUCAUGUUUUUAAAAAUGAUAGCCUUAUCUCAGUCACCCUAAGCCACCCUUGUUUUAGAUAAGGAAGUAAUAAGCGAAAUGUUGUGCACACUUAAAAGCUUAAUAGCAUCCAUUAUCCUGGAGGAUGCUCUAGCCUGGAGGCUCUCUGACUGUAUUGCCUCCUCCUGCAGUUUGCUGCUUGCAGUCUGGCCAGAGCUGCAUCAGGGCCUGCAGGGACACAAGGGCAAUAGAGAUAGAGUAACACAUCUCUAACGCAAUUAUUCUACAUCCCUCUCGCUGGCUUUCUGUUUUUGUCAAUGCUUCACAUAUCUUCACUAUUCCUCUCCCUGCUCCUCUCUCCUGUCCACUGAUUGUAAUGGAUCUGACAGGUGCAUGCAAUAUGGUGGAAACCUGUCUCAUCCUUUAGUCCACUGCAGCCAGCUUUGGAGGGAAAUGGGUUGUCAGGUGCUGCGGGCUUUAUAUCAGACAUAAACUCUAGAAGUUGCAUAUUUGGAUUUUGACAAGGUCCUCAGGCUGUAUGAGGUGUUUUUUUCUUGCACCAUCUCCCUUUGCAAUUCGAUAUAAAGGUGCAGAGGUUGCCAAUGUAGAUAUCGAAGUUUUUGAGUUUUGCAAGCCCCUUAGAUCAGCAAAAGGAAACCCUGUAUUUGUUUAAGAGUGGUGCACCUCAAAUAAACAUUCAGCCAUUUUCCCAUGUGCAUCCUUUCUGCUGCAACCUUUUUUUUCUUCUUUUUGCUGCCUCAUGUUUUAUAAAUGUCUAGCGCUGUGAGGAGCGAGUCCUGCACGUGCAUGUGUGCAUGUGCAAUUGUGAAUACGUGUUUAUGCAUCUUAUCUUCGGAGAGGCUUCACCCUCAUGCAGAGUCCUUUCUCCACAUCACCGGGGCAGAGUAAAGUGAAAAUGAAAGAGAAAUGAUGAAGGGUGAAGACACAGGUUGCUUUGUAAAGGUCCCCCACAUCUGCAGUCAUUGAAGGCUUUUCCGCCCCUUUAAAGCUCAUGGACAAAGGCUGGCCUGUUCGUCCAGUAAGAAGGGAGUUUGGAGUUAGGAGCCACACAGGAGCAGGCUUUGAUUUCAGAGUGGGAUGCAUGGCCUUGGAUUAUGUAAGAUAAGGAGGAGGAGAGGAUAAAAGAGAUGUGAUAGAGAAGAGAGACAGAGUAAUGCAUGGAAAAGUGGGGAAAUGAGAGUGAUGCCUUGAGAUAGGGAGCGGAGGAUUCAGGGUCGAGAGGAGUCAUGCUCAGAGGAUGAAAUGUGUUGGACAGAAAGUGAGAGAUGACGCUGACCUGUCAAACAGAGAGGAGUUAGGGAUGAAGAGCAAGGGAGAACUUCCAUGGGGUUGUCAAAGUGGAAGAAAGUAACACUUUGAGAUGUGAGAAUGCUGACAGAAGCGAGAAAACAAUAAAAAAGAGGGAGGAAGGAGAGUAAAAAACCCAACUGCAGAGAAAUAAACACUGCGUGAAGCGAAAGAGUCAAGGAAGGACAGCAGAUGGCAAAUUUUUAGGUCUGCAUGCCUCACAGCCUAGAGGAAGUUCUCUAUCUAAAAGGUUAAAGCUUAUUGCAUGUGUUCUCAUCUGCUUGCAUGUUAGUGCUCAGGGAGGAUACUCCUGCAGCUUUGGCCACAAAUGCAUCAAAAAAGAGGAAUAGAUUGAUCACAGAUCUUGCAGAAACACCAGAUUGGCUGUGGUGACUCCAUGAGGCCGACCGCUGAGACAAACAGAUGGACACGGACCACUUUUCUUUUUCUUCAGAGCCAAUUAAACCGACAUUGGAAAGUGACUGCUGAAUUAAUUAAAUGCUGAUGGUGAAGGAGAAUGUCACCAUGCAUUACAUGUAAAGCACUGUAGAUUCAUUGUGUUUUGGCCUUGCUUAUGUGGCUUCACAACUGGGAGGUUGCGCAAGCAAGGCAGGAAUUUGAACUUAUCUCAGUCUGCCAACAGAGUUACUGGAAGUUGUUACUAAAUGACUUCCAGAAAAGUUCAGUCCAAACGAAGGAUGAAUUUCACAACAGUGAACUCUGUGUUCUUGGACGAGGUCACAUACCAUGACGGAAAAUGCAUGCACACACACACAUACAUUACAGUCACAAAGUUGAGGCACACUUACAGUAUGUAGUACACACAAGUAACACACAAUUAUGGUAUUCAGAUACACACCCAGUAGAAUAAAAGUGAGUGAGAGGAAAGCCUGUGGCUCCUCUCCUCUGGUUUUGUCCAGACUGUACUGAUUUCUACAUCUGUACGAUAAAGAGGCCCUGGCUGCUCUUCAAAUUUUAUCCUGUCUCCUGUGAAUUGUUUUGCUGCAUACCAUUAAUGUUUUCCACAACAAUGGCUGCAGGGCUCAACACAUAGCAAGUAUUUUUAGUUGUAUAUUAUGAUUAGAGUAAAAGGCUCUAGGUGUAAAAGCCAUGAGAACAAACUUUAAAGAGUCCUAAAUCAAAAAUGGACACUACAGUCAUAAAAUAAUGGUGUAAUAGGAGGGAUAUGGAUGAGCGGAGCCAAGGACAAUAAAUGAUUGUUGGCUGAGAGACGCUGGUCUGUGUGACGCAGCUUUGCUCAAUAUUUUCUUUCUAUUGCAAGAAAACCAGAGGGCUUUUAGCCUCUCUUCCUGACUCUCUACACAGAUGUGCAGAAGGUUGUGUGAGAAGAAAAUGUUGAAUAAUUUUCGUAUUUUAAGUCAGACAGGUGGCAGACACAGGCCUCUGUGCAGCAAUGACAGCUUUAUGCUUUAUCAUUUCCAGCAGUAAUGGCAUAUUUGAUAAAGAUUCCUGUUUUAUAUUGAGACACUUUCAUUCUUUUGCAUGUGUACAAGCUGCUGAAAAUGUGACUGUGUGUGAUGCAAAGUGCACUGCAGGUGCUCCUUCCCCAAACCCUCCUGGGCUUUAUAAAUGGAAGCAGCAUUUUCCUUUUUCUCUUUUCUUUUUUUUUUUUUGCACAAACCCCCUCUAUGACGUGUUUCCUCAAAUGCCUUAGAGCAGCAGGAGACAGUUCCACAUAAUCAUAAUCCCCUCAGUGUUGUGAUCACUCAUGAUUCUUCCAUGAAAACACCAUGAGGUCCUGUGGAAGAUAACACAGCCCGGCAUUCAAGCAAGUACUCGCUCAGGUUCCCACAAUUUGAAUCAAUUACCUGCAGGUCCAUGAAUUAUUCUGUUUCAAUUCAGGCACAUAAUCAAUAGGUAAUUCUUGAUGGUGAUGUAAAGCCGCUUGGUGUGGGUGUGAUAAACAUGCACAUACAUUUAAAAAGGGAGGAGACUCUUAAGACAAUGCUUCUUGGUAUCAUCUGAAAACAACACAAUCUAGUCCCUGACUCAUAAAUCCUCAUGUGGCUCUGAUUUUAAGCUGCUGUAAACUUUUCUAUGGGGUCAAAAUGAUGCUGUCACUGAUAUUCUCAUGAGAAGGUUAAUCACUCAUUUUCUUUUUAAACUCUCAGGCCCAAUAAAAUCUCCAGUCAGUGACACAUAAAUUCAAUUUGCUGGCAGUGCAAGAUUGUCUGCAGAUCUGCUUGGGAGGUUUUUAGAUGUUUAGUGUGAUUAGUUUAAUGCACCUUAAAGAACAUCUACAGGAUAAGAAAAAAGACGAUACAGGUCUUGUGUAUACAAGGCUGGAGCCCACUGUCUUUUUAAUGAAUAAUGAAGCAUACAGGGAAUGAAUAAUGAAGCACAUACUGUUUUUUGUGGCGUAUAGAUAACCUUGACAGCGUGCCACUUAGCUGCUGACUGUGUGCUCUGCAGGUGUUUCCUCCUGCCCCUCUCCUGGACUUGGUAACAGAACCACAGGAAAGUUUCUUCUGCUCUUAACCCUCGAUGUGAAGCUUCUGAAGCCUCAGUGCAGAGGAGAGCUGUUUACAUUAUCAAUAUCUCCUCAGUGUAGGGCUAGGCAAUAAAAUGAUACCGAUAUCAAUAUGAUCAAUAUGGUCUGCCAUGUUUUGGUAGACGAUACGAAUAGCCAAUGCUCCAGGUCCACUUCACGUUGAACCAAUCGUGCUGAAUUAGAACCAAGUAGCAAACAACUGUGUAGUAGCAGGCUGCAGCUACACGCAACCAUAGCACUUUAACACGUGAAGCCGACAGCACUGUCAGUGAGAAAAAACAGAGUUACAGGGAACAUUUUAGAUUGACAAGUGAUUUUUUAUAUCCUAAUAUAUAUCGAUAUCGACUGAUAUGAAAAAAAUAUAUCGUGAUAAACUUUUUCCCAUAUCGCCCAGCCCUACCUCAGUGUCACUAUUAAUCAGGAUUUACUUAAGAAGUCUAAAUAGAGUCAUGUGGAAUAUGUAUUUUUCCUCAUUCCCCUUCUGUUUUUUAGUGUUUUGUUAUCGAAUCUCAUCUGAGCCUUGACUUUUUUUAAGCAACAGUUUUUUAUUUUGUGACAGAGAGGAAGAUUUAUGUCCUUGAAUCUGGAUUUAUCCCUGAGCUAUCAGUGUAUCAAGGAGAAUGUUGAUAUGAUGUGUCACUUUUAGUUGUAUUUUUACUGCUGGCACUUUGGUGCAAUGUACCAAAUGAUGUUAUUGUGUUUCCAGCCACUGAAGAAAAUAAUGCCAUCAGUCACAGUGUUCUUAAUCUAAUCAUGUUAUUCUAAUGGAAAUCCGUUCCUUUAAAUGGAAAGUUUGCUUUAGAGACAUCGGUUUGGCCCAGUCUGACCGGCGCCUCAUAGACUGAGACAAAGUCCUCGUUGCUCAGGUCAGUGGCUCGAUUCUGGCCUGUGACCGUUCUGUGCAUUUCAUCCUCUCUCUCUGUUUAGCUGUUCUUUCCAGUAAAGGCAAAGGCCAAAAGAAUAAAUGACCAGCUUUUCUUUCGAGGUUCAAAUAAGCAAAAUAAAUCUUGUGAAUCCCAAACCACAGUUUAUUUCUUGAAAAUGAGUCAGCUUCACCUCGUGUGCCCUGAGGGCUGCUUCAGGGUGAUAUCAUUGCGAGAAGAUGUCAUACACAAGAGUGACUUAGCAGCCGGGUGAAGCAACAUCUCUCACCCGUUUGUCCCCUUUUAACCCUUUCCUGAUCAAAACGGAUGAAUUUUACGAGUCAUCUACUGUAUGGGUACAAAAUUGAACGCCAUUAAAAUGAACUGACCUCAUAUGUAGUUUUUUAUGUUUCCUUUUUCAGAGGAAUCAGCCAGGAUGGCGGCAGUCAGGGUGAUCAUAUCAAGCUUUCUGCUUGCAACAGGUAUUAUACUUUCUUGUUACUAGCUUAAGUAUAUUUGAUUAAUGGAUCCAGAAGGUGUAAAUACAUAUGAUUAUUUAUGUGUGCAGGGUUCCUACACAAGUAUGGAAAUAAAUUUGAUCAGUUUCCAGGUCUUAAAAAGUAUAGAAAAUGAAAAAUAUAGUAUGGAAAAAUAUUUGUGUUUCCAGACUAUUACCACAGUUCUAAAAUACUGUUUUCUAAAAGUAGAAAAGUAGGUAUUUCCAAAAAUAAUUCUAAAACGUAGGGCAAGGAAAAGUAUGAAAAUUCCAACUGUGUAGGAACCCUGUGUAUGUGUUUGUGCUCAUACUUAAUUCCACCCCUGUAUUAGUCAGUGUGCAUGUUGCCCCCCCCCCCCCCCCAUUCAAAAAGAUCUGGACCCGCCCCUGCUGGUCGGGAAAGAAAAACAGGUUGUUCAUACAUUUACACUGAUAAAAAUAUAUGUUUAUAAUUUAUUCUCCUUGUCUUGUUUGCAGCUCUGUCCGCCCCUGUAAAUGGUAAGAUUCAGUCUACCAGUGAGUAAUAUAAAAUUCUGAAUCCAUCACUCAUCAAUUAUAAAUUUUUGAACUUUUCUUACCCUCUCUUGUGUUUUUCGAUGCUCUCCCCUCCAUUUUUCCAUCCUCUAAUCCAGUUGAUGCGGAGGAACUGAUUCUUUUCCACGGGGAGGAUUUCCACAUCAUGCUGCCCUCACACUCAAUGGAGGUGACGUUCAAAGACAGAACCCGGGCGCCUGAAGUGGACUUGAUGCGCGGUGACAUCGUGGUCAACAGUCGCGCCAAAGUCAACGUCAAACUCAGCCACCUCAUUAUAGACGCCGUGGGUGAGGCGGACGAGGGUGUGUACACCAUAAAGAAUCUAGAAGAUCCAGAGAACGUCAAACGCAUCAAGCUUACUGUCAGAGGUGAGGAUGAUACACGAGUGACUGAAACAUAAGGGAUGGUGAUGAUGAAGUGAUGCCGAGUGACAUCUUGACACCUUAAGAGAAAGAGUAAGAAAAAAAGGUCCCAGUUGGGUUUCUGUCAGUGAAAUAUGAUACCAAGAGCAGCCACGUUCCUGCAUUGAGCGCUUCAAUUUUUAAUAUUUGGUACAUUUUAACAAUAAAUGAUUAUUUUCACUGAUGAACUAAAACUUUAAAGACCCACUCCGAUGAGAAUCAUGUUUUUCUUGUUGUCUACAUGUUCAUAUGGCAUUUUUCUGAUACUAGAGAAUAUAUCAUGAUUUAAAGAAGUGCGAAAUUACAUUUCUGAGUAUUUCUACAUUUAAAUCACUGUGAAUCUCUGGCAGACCCAAACGGCAGGAUCAGACACAGUGAGAUUUUUUACAUAACUAAGCCAAGCUCCGCCCCUGGAGCCCUGCUAUGCAGGCCAUACUCAGAGAUUUAGAGAGGGCGAUCACGGAGCAAGCGUGUUCAUUAGCGGACUGAAUUGCUUGUAAGAAAGCUAAUUAUGAUAUUAACUUUCAUCGUGUCCCUAAAGACAUUAGUGUCUGAGAGCUGAAUAGCUCCUAUGUUACGUGCCUCCUCUACUACACCAGCUAUGUUAGGCUGCAAACUAACUCGAGGAGAAGUGUGCAGAGCAGCGCUGUCUCCGCCCACGACUCAGAGGUGAAUCGCUAAUGAGCUACUGGAGCUCUGUAGAAGAAAAACCCUUGAAAAUGACACAGGUAACUCGAUUUUGGCUAAAAACUUCAUAAUCACUGAUAACACUCUUAAAUAGUUACAAAAAUUGGAGUGGGACUUUAAGUGCCUACAUUUUUUUUCAGGUAAUCAGUUGUUUUAUUGGUGGUUUUGUUACUUCCAUAAGAGAAGAGGAUCUGAACAUUUCAUCCUCUUCUGACUGCCAUCAGCCUUACAAUCCCCUCCCCUGAGAAAUAAGCCUCUUAAAUCUGAUCUGGAGUCAGCGUCAGAGCUGUGUAAGAGCUGUCAUUUCUCCCGCUUUAAUCAUUCAGUCAGCAGCAGAAUCAACCUCCGUGUUACACAUCCUUUUUGUCCUCUUGAGCGCUACAAGGUUCAGCAGCACAGACUCUGGCCUCUGUCGAGUAAUUCUGAAGAGAUUAGACACACAAACACAAACACACACAGACGUGCGUGGAGGUCACACACAGAGGAAGGAGUGGGCUCAAACCCAGCAUGGAUACAGACCACUGUGGAGUAGCAAUAUUUGAAAGAAGCACCAUAUGGAGGGAGUAGCGUGCUGUGAAGUGUGUGUGUCUGUGUGUGCGUGCGUGUGUGUGUGUGUGUGUGUGUGUUUGAGUGCCAGGCAGUAAUUAUGCAGCUUUUUAACCACCAAUCCACUCCUCUCUUCUUCCUCCCUCCCUGCUGUUUUCCUGUCUUUAUCUUGUCUUUACUGUCUUUUCCCCCUGUUUCAUUUGUCCUUACCCUUUCAUUUCAGCUCCUCUGAUAUUCUUGGAUCACUGCUCUUCUCUCUGCAAUUUGGCUCCCUUUUCCCCACAUCUGUCACGCCAUUUCUGCCUCCUAACCCUUCCUCACUCACCCCUUCACCCCAUCUGUCCUUUUUGCACUCUAAUUUCUAUUUUUUUAUAUCACCCCAAGCAAAUACAUCCUCUCCUUCUUACUCAAAUACCGUGCAAUAUCCCAUCUGCAGAAAUCACCUUGUGGUUUCCUCUUUCCAACAGAAUAAAAACCAUAUUUAUAGUAAGUAGCAAUACUUAAGCUCAGUACUGAAGUAAAAUUUUGAAGUAUCUGUACUUUACUGGAGUUUUUUUGUGUGCCUGUUACUCUUACUUGUCUACAUUUCUAAAAAUAAAAGUAUACUUUUAACUCCACUGCAUUUCACGGACGCAUCUUCAUGACUACUAUUUUUACUUUGUUACUAUGACAGCAGGUAGGGGAAAAAAACAUUUUCCCUUCUACCUUAUGUUGAUUUGCGUUGUGCUUGAUCAUCGUCAAUCAGUCACUCAAGCCCGGGCAUGUCCACAGCCGCUUGUAGGCUGUGCAGUUGCUUGCACCCACUUAAAUGUCCAGUGGCUGUUUUGAUGGUUCUCAUCGUGCCAAAUUGGCGUCCGAAGUUCUUUGACUAUAGGAGGAUGCACUAUUGUUUCUCCUGAUUGUUGGUUUGUAUGUGUGUGUGUGUGUGUGUGUGUGUGUGUGUGUCCAUUUAUUUUUCUAAGCUGUUGCUUGCGCCCACCUGAAAUGUGUGCUUAUUUGGGCAUAAGUGACUUGAAAAUUAAGUCUAUAUUUAUUUGUACUUUGACUUUGACUUUCUACUUUUACUUGGAGUACAUUUACUUGAGUACUUUUGAUACUUAAGCGGAGAGAAUGUGAUAAACUUUAAGACUUCGACUUGAGUAGAAUUCUCAUGGGAGACUUUUACUGGUAACACUUUACAAUAACUAUAAUAUAUAAAUGGUAAAUAGACAGUUUAAUGAUGUUUAAUCAUCAUUUAAAAACAGCAUAUAGACCAAUUAUAAAUGGCAAAAAGAUAGUUUAUUAAUGUAAGUUAAUAGUUACUUUACCAUUAAUAACAAUAAAAUUAUGAUUAAUCAUUUUCAUUAAGGUUUAUAUAGGGUUCAAAUAUUGGUUGUAAAACAUCUAGAUUAAAAUGUGUGUCAGUAGCACUUCGUAAAUGGUUAAUAUUUGUUUUUUAAACCACCUAUAAACAUUAGAUGGUUAUUGUAAAGUUGCAACAGAUGUUUGUAGUACUUUGUAAAUGAUUAAUAAGUGGACUAUAAACCACCUAUAAACAUUACUUAGAUGGUUAUUGUUAAGUUAGGGUUAGGUUUUUAAAAUUGUAAAAUUUAAAUGUAUUAAUGCUCUAUAUGCUAUUUGUAAAUGAUGAUUAAACAUUAAUAGACUAUCUGCUCACCAUUUAUAAAUGGUCUAUUCACCAUUUCUAAGUUAUGGUUCUUGUAAAGUGUUACCCUUUUACUUUGACUUGAGUCAUUUCUGGUAAGGUAUCUUUACUUCAACUCAAGUAUAUUUGUUAAGUACUUUAUACAACACUGGAAUUAACUGUUUACAACCCUGUUUUAACUCCUAGAUUGCACCCACGAGCAGAUCAUCUUCUAUGGAGACAACUUAAAUAUUCCAAUAAAAGAGGUAAUUCAACCCAUCACGCUGGAGUACAGGCCCCUUUCUGUGGAGGCAAACCAGACAUCCAGGUAGAGUCCACAAAAUAAUACUGAUCUUUUCACCACAACACUUUGGAAUGACAUUUUCCUGCUAUGAUGCAUAUGUACUGUGACAGCGUGCCUCAGUUUCACCAUGAAAAGGUUAAGUAAGGUACAUAAUCUCUGGCUUUCUCUCAUGCAGACCUGCUCUGAUACUGCUAACCAGCACGGGGUUGUCCAGAGACGGCUACCAGGGUCGAAUCAGCGUCAGUGAGCGCCAUGUCACCCUCAGUACUGUCACAGGUGCAGACCAAGGGAGCUACACGGUCAGGGAUGCCAUAGGUGACAUCCAGAAGAAAGUGUGUCUCAAAGUCAGAGGUGAGAGCACAGAUCACGCGUUUCCCCCUCCCUCCCUCUAACGCUUGACCUUUUCUUAACGACCUGAACCUUUCAUCAGGAUGUUGUUGUUGUUGUUUCCUCUUUGGUUGUAACGCUCCUCUUGUCUGUCAUAAUGGCUUUUUAAAGACCUGAACGUUAAUGGGCUCUAGCAGACUAAUGCACUUUAGAGGAUCCAUGAGCCUUACACAGAGUGGGGGUGUAUUUAUGAUGUGUCCUGUCUUGUCCCUUGUCUUCUCUCUGUCUAUGUCUCAGGGCACAUUAGCUUCUUGACUCUGCCAUAUGGGACAAAACUAAAGAUCAACCUGAUCCCCAACAGCUCUCUGGUCCAGCUCUACUACACCCCCAAUAGAGACCCCACACCCCGUCUGCUGCUGGAGAAAGGAGAAUUCACAAGUGUAAAUCUCUUUUUUUUUCACCCACAUAUAAAAUCUUUUUUCUGUCUAAUAUAGCAGAGUUAAAAAAGGUUACUAAGGAAUGCUGUAAUGCUCAACUAUCAUCUAGUUUCACAUAUUUCGAGCGCUUUGUUAAUUCUCUAGUUCCUAUCUGCACAAAUAUAGCCUUAUAGUUUAACACAGUCUGUUGCAAUGUACCAAAAAACUCUUGUUUACUUUUUAUUUGACAUUCUUUGAAGAAAUUCUCUUUAAAUCCUGCGUCAUUACAUCCCUCCUUCCUACUGCCCUUCCUCUUCCUCGUCAUUCGGUCUCGCUCGGUCGGUUUUCUCCUCUCUUUUCCAAGACCGCUACCUGUGAUGUGUGUAACAGUUUUACAGCUUUCUUAAGUGUUACUGCUAAUGGCUUGAGGAUGUUAAUAGCUUACUAAUGCUGACACUGGACAUUGAAACCAUUAUGAGCCACCGUCGCUUCAGCGUGUGGUUCAGUGAGCUUAAACAUUUAAAACCUUCAUGGUUUGUGUUGUGCUUAUAUCCUUUCCUCUAUUAGACCAGUCAUAGGUGCUGUCGACAUGUUUUUCUCUUGAAUUACAGCUAUUGAUUUAAAAGUGUGUCUUCACUCCAGGCCAAAGAGGAGCUGAAUUUGCAGGAUCGUCUCUCCAUGGAGGGCUCGCUGGUUUAUCUAGACCAGGUCACCCGUGUAGAUGAGGGCCUGUUUGAGAUUAAAGAUGUGCUGGAAUUUGUGGUGUCCCAGAUCGACCUGAUCGUAGAGCGUAAGUAUGAGGAAGGUUGAAGACAUAUUAAAUUACAGUUUUAAUGCCCCACCUAAUAAAGGAUGAUGUCACAUCAUAACAAUGCAAAAAAUUAAGUUUUUGUAGCCAAAAGCAAAAGAAUAAUCCCUUUCUUUUGUCGGCUGUAUUCACGCUCUGGAAUUUGAACACGUCAAUGAAAGGUCAGUUGAAUUAUUUACUCUCCCACUCCUGUCCUUUUCUCGCCUUUUUUUUUCCUACAAUGCCUUCAUGCAGCCUACAAGCUGGAGUCUCUGUAUGUGGCCAUCAUCGCCCUGUUAGGCCUGCUGGUUUUCCUUCUGCUGGUGUGUCUUCUUUCCUGCCUGAUCAAAGUGAAGAAAAGGGCGAAGAGAGCUGCAGCGCUGGAGAAGAUCGCCCAGAAUGCUGGCAAAGAGGAUGAGGGGGAGGCCUUCAGACAGGUGAGAGAGACAACAACACAACUCACAUGGUUAUACUGCGUUCGAGUUACCUCAGAAGUCAGAAGUGCGAGCUGGGAAUGACGUCACACUUGAGUUACCAGCGUUUCAGUUACCAGGUUGGAAGAAAGCAAAAUCGGAGGCAGAAACAAGAUGGCUACAUCUACGAACGUUAUUUUAGCAUUUGCCUUGUCGUUGCUUAUAUUCAGACAAGGCAAGCGCUAAAAUAACUUUCAUAGAUGUAGCCUCCGAUUUUGCUUUCUUCCGACUUGGUAACUGAAACGCUGGUAACUCAGGUGUGACAUCAUUCCCAGCUCAGACUUCUGAUUUCCAAGGUAACUCGAACGCAGCAUUAUAUUUAUGAUUGUAACAAUGAUGUGUGUCCUGCUCUCCUUUGAGGCAUUUGUUUCGUCUCCCUCUGUGUCUUCACAGGUGGUAAAAAACAUCACCAAACUCAGUGAGGAGUCCAAGCAUUCCCAGGCAGACAACACAGAGAAAUCUCAGAGCACUGAAGUGGACAUUAAAGUAAGAAAACAUGAAGCACCUCCCUCUUCGAACCAAUCUUUGAGAGGUUUUAAUAAUGUCUCCAUUUUUACACUGUUUUCUGCGUUCAGACAGCUGCAGCUUAUUCUGAACGCUACUGCUAGACUCCUCACUAAGAACAAGAAAGUGGAUCACAUCAGUCCAGGUCUCAGGUCUUUGCAGUGGCUCCCUUGUGACAAAGAAUUGAUUUGAUUGAUCAAGCCCUGAAUGCGGUUUAGGACUGACAUACGGCUCUGUCCUGCUGUUAUAUUAUGAACCACCAUCCAGAUCUCUCAGGUCUUCUGGGAAGACCCUUCCUGUCUCUUUUCUUACUACCCAAAACAAAAACAUGAAGAGGCAGAAUUCAGCUUUCCCAGAAAACCUGAGAUCUGCUCCAACUCUCAGUUCUUUAAAUCAAGGCUUAAACUUCUGUUUGCCACUGCCUUUUGUUGAACUAAAUUUGGGACCUUUUAUCCCUGCACUGUUGCUGGGCUGUGACUUUAUUUCUCCUGUUAUAUUCGAUUUUUGUUGUACUAUAUUUUACUCUGUUAAUCCUCUCCUUAUGCACCUUUAUAUUACCUUGUAUGUCUGUUCUAUCUUUCCUGACCCUUUUUUAGUCCUCUGAAAAUCCUGCUGAACUGUCUGGUUGUUCAAAGCUGCUUACGGUUCUUUGUUGUCUGCUUGAUUAUAGGGUCUGGAGGUUUCUUCUAAGGAGGUCGGGAUCGGUAACCUAGAGACAAGCGACUCUGGCGUUGGCUUUAAUACCGCCCUUCCACUGGACACUGACACUGAUGCCCCUGAUCCAAUGUCUGAAUCUGUGGCUGUAACCAUCUCUGCUGCCCCUGAAACCAAAUCAAGCCCACCACCUGCUGCUGAACCCGAGCCAAGUGCUCCACCAGCCUUGGAAAUUAAGUCCAGUCCAGUAGCUGAAACUAAAACUUCCCCCGCCCCUGAGACCAAGAAAACCCCCGAUCCUCCUGUGGAAACAAAAUUGGACUUGCCCAAAGCAGCAGAUGUUAAAUCCAGCCCAACCCCAAGUCCUGAACCCAAAGCCAGUCUGAGUCCAGCUGAGAAGAAACCUACACCAACACCAACACCAAGCCCAGAGCCCAAGGCUGGUUUGAGUCCAGCUGAUCCAAAACCCGCUCCAACUCCAAGCCCAGAGCCUAAACCAGCCACUCCUAAAGCCACAACGCCUGUUCCUGAAACUAAGUGUGCCCCAACACCAUCACCCGAGCUUCCCAAACCACCCACAGCAGAACCAAUUACCAAUGGUACGCCUGAGCCCGGCCCGGACUCCAAAUCCAGCCCGGAUCAUGCUGAAAUUAUCAGCAGCUCAGCUCCGAAAGCAGCUCCUCCUAAAACCCCCGAGGUGGAGCUGAAAUCUAGCGGUGCUGCGCUGGAGGCCGGCAAAGACGGCACCAUGGCUGAUGAUACAACUACCACCACCACCACCACCUGAGAGCAGCCCCUGCAACUAUCAAAGGGAAGCCCCACAAAUUUUCUUCAUCUCCCACCACUGUAGACAAUCGAACACCCCAACCAAAUAAUGAGGAAACCACUGAAGCAGGGGUGAGGACCUUGGUUUAACAUGUCUAAUGCCUGAACACAAUAUUACCAAUAUCACACUUGUUUAUACUAACACCAAACUUUUUUGACUUUAUGAUACUGAAACACUUCACACAACAAAUGCGGCUCAUUGAUUGUUAAACAUUUUAGUUGAAAGCACCUCGCAGCCUCAACUUUUGGUAACUUCAGUGUGAAACUAUCAGACUGCAAAUGAAACCUUUUGCAGAGUUUACAGUUAAAAUACUAACUCCACAUAAGGUCUUUUGUAAAAUGAUAAAUGGCCAGAAAGGUUUACAGCAGUUCAACAGGUACCUAAUUUCUAGAAAAGUAGAUUUUCUUACUUGAUUAUAACAAUUUUGAAAUCCAUUGGCCUUUGUUUGAUGACUAUAUGUCGUCUGGAAAUGAUGGCCAACUAUUUGAGGCCCCCAGUGUAGCCAAAGGUAAGUGAUAAAAGACUUCUACCCAUGACUUCCUUGUCUGUGGGGAUCAUUGUUUAUUGUCCAUAUCAAAACUUCAGCGGUUUUAGUGGAGUUGGAAAUUGGAGACACUGUCCAAGUGAAGACUGAUAUAGCUAAAUUACCAUAAAAUUUUGGUUGAUGAGAUCUUGGAUUGCAUUGUGGUUAGUACUCCUCACACAGACUGUUAUUCUGCAUACAGUCACAUCUGCUGAAACGCAAGUGGACAACUGUAUUCAGACUACAGAUAAAAACCAGAAGGCCCAAAGUCAUGUCAUCUGCAUGAAAAUAUAGAAUCUGUAAAUUAAAUUCAGUCUUAACGAACCACAUUAGUGCAAAAGGCGAUGUUGUCCAGCUGUCCUCUAGUUUCAGAAACUUCCACACUUGUCCAUAUAGUGGAAAAAAAAGUUUUCUGCUUGUUUAUAACCAAACAAGGAGAUAUCCUUUAAACUCUGACUCCUCUAUUUAUACUCUGAGAGUUGUAGAUUCAGACUCCCCGUGGAUAUUUCAGAUGAUUAAAAACAUGUUUUGCAGACUGAUCACACCAGUGAGAUCACCACUUUACAGUCGUUCAUCUGGACUCCCUUUGGCUCCAUAAAAAUCCCAUUACUCCUACAGUUUGAGAAGUAGGGAGAGCUGAUGCCAGCUGCAACUAGAGGCACUUAAUGGGACCACCAUUGUGCCCCCGUGUGUUAUGCUUUUAAACGGGUCAUAUACUGAAAGAAAAGUAUCUGAAGAGCUUAAGUAGUUACAAGACGCUCGUUGUUUUUGUCCAUUUGAUCGUACCCAUAGUUUCUGUCCCCCAUUCUCCAAGGAAUCCUGAAAUCCCAAUUUAUUCAUUUCAUAUCUAAGCUGCUCGUUUUCUCUGAAAUAUUGGAUUCUGGGUGCAGAGUUUUUUGACUGAGGUGGCCAAACUCGAAUAGUAGUUCUAUGUAUAAGAUUGCCAUAUAAGCAUAAAUCUGGCCUCUAAAGUGGGACGACCAAUCAAAGAAAGACAGCACCACCCCCUGAAAUUUGUAAAAAGCAUGAACAGUCUUGUCAGUUGCCCCAAAACCCUUUUGCGAGGCCUUGAUCAAUGCCAAGUGGGUUCGAAAUUGUUUGAUAGUGAAUCUGAAUUGGAUCUUAUUUGGUGCAGAGGAGGUGUGCAGAUAAAAUUUAGUGUUAAAAUUGCAUGUCUCUACCUCAUACUCUGACUGACUGGCAGGAAAACCAAUGAUAGUCCACUGUGGUGCACUGAAGUCAACAAAAAGCAUUUGGGUUUAUUGAGAGAAGCACAAAUUGCAGCCAUGAAAAAUUCAGUCAAACAAUCAGUGAAAUGUUAGAAAAAUGUUAGUAGAUCCAUCUGCAACCAACUGGCCUGUGUUGGUAUCUCUCUUUACGAUUAGAUUUUCUUACAUGUAGGUUCAAAUCAGGUGAUAUGUCAGCUUUUUCAAAGCCAUAUGAAUAGGUAGGUUUAGAUGUCAAAUGUAAUAUGAUCAAUUGAUAUAAAUAAACUAAAACCAACCAAAAAAUGAACUCAAAUCAUGUGGCCUCACUGUUGAGAAGAAAACAGUAUCAGUCAAAUGUGUUACACCUUUUUGAAGACUUUCAAAUGUAAAAUAAAAACAGUACGCCUCAUUUGUUGUCUGGACCUAUGAGUCUGUUUUGACAAUACUAAAAACCUGUCAUUGCUCAUACAAUCCAAACACAGAGACACACAAAUCAGACACACACUCAUAUUUCAGCCUUGUAAAUAUUGCAUGUAUACGCCAGUUUAACCCUUUGAAGGCUGAAUGUUUUUAGUGUACAGAAUGGUGGUUAUAUUAUACCGUAAAAACAAAGUAAAAAAAACUAAAUUUCUCACCAACCUUAAAUGCAAAGUAUAUUACAUUCAGUAUAUAUACAGACAUAUAUUAUAUGCUAUAAACACUAAUACUCACUAACAUCUUGAACUACUUUAAAACCAAAUAUUGUAAAAAUCCAUCCAGAUUAGAUCUUGUUAGAUCAAUUUUCUGCUGUUAUUGCCAUUCAAACCUGAUGAUACUCACAGCAUAAGGCUUCUCUCACAGUAUUUACAUGUUGUAUUAAAAUGUUAACCUAUGUCACUUAAAGCAUGCUCAUGACAUGUCCUGAAAAACAAGCUUUGAUCACCCUAAAGCUCUGUGUGUGUUUGUAUGAGCGGAGGAGUGAUGUCGAACUGUUGCCAUCAUUGUGCGUUUAAAGUUUCUGUGUCACUGUGCAUGUAGAAAUGAGCGUGAAUGAUCCAAGACUGUGAUUUAUGCGUGUAGGUGUGAGCUGCGUCUAUGCAUAGACAAAAACAACUAUUCUUUACAUGUGCUACUCUGUCUGUUGUGAGUAAGGUAUUCAUGUGCCUGCUUAACUCGUCCUGCAAUGUAAAGCAAACAAGUGCUGUGUUCAUGUCAUGAGUGUGAAUGUGUUUAAAGCCACAACAUAUUGUAUAAGAUAUUGUAACUUUGAGAUUUUGGAGUGAUUUUUGUCUAUCUGUUCAGUGCCUAAACCCUGUUUUUGGAUAGUUGGCCUGUACUCUGUCAGUAUCCGGCACUCCUUUUGGCACCUUUUACUUGAUAUUUACAGUAUUCAGUGAUGUAAAAAAAACUUGUUUGCACACGACCAAUCCUAGUUAAACCACUGACAGGCCUAUGAAAUGCUUAUGUGUUGGAGAUAUGUAACGUAUUCUAUGAAAGCGAUGCAACUCUGAGGAGAGCUGAGUUUGCUCUGUGUGUAGGUGAGGGUGUUUUCCAUUUCAUUGAUCAUCGUUGCACAGUUUGGAGUACGUGAGUGAAUUCUUGAAAGCAGCAGAUGAAUGGGGAGCUCUGUGUGGGUAACCCUCAGGCUUAUGUUGCGGGACUGCUAAAACAGCAUUUCCAUGCACCACCACUACUGUAUAUUGUAAGUGAUUGUAAUUCCAGGCCAUUCAGAGGAAAAAUGGAUGAGAAGGAGGCAGACAGUGUGACUGUUGGUUUACCAGCAUCUCAAGGACGGUGCAGUCUAGUGGGGAUUAAAGUUAUGACAUCCAACUUGUGCCAGAGGGUUUCUAAUUUUACUUCCACCUCUGAAAACCCACUCACAGAAACCACUACCUUACUUAGCACUGGCACUUCUUGCACUAUGUGAGAAGUCUCUGCCCUGGUCUCUCUGUUUACGUCUCCUGUCCUGGCCUUGGUGUGGUGUGAUGUCCCACCUGUUCUCUCUCUACUCCCUUUUUGCACAACUUCACACUGAUGUUUUGUACAGAAAAAAAGUUUGUUUCUUUAUUACAUGUCUAAAGGAAUACUAAGAAUAAACAAGCUAUUAUGACAUUUGCUGUCCUG